AAUAAAUAUAAUUUAUGGCAACAAAGGAACACAGUCUUUAUAAAUUAGUAAGUAAAGAUUAAGCUGAAGCAUUUGCAUGGUCUUUUGAAGGUCCAAAUACAGAAGCAGUGCUUUAUCCAUUUUAAUUUCCUCCAAUGAGACCAGAUGAAGUUAGAAUUCAAUAGACAUAUUUUGGUUUAUGCUAUACAGAUUGUAAACAUUAUGAUUUAUUUAUUAAGGUCAUCUUGUUAAUUAAGAUUGGUUCCCAAUUAAUUAUCCAAGUGUUCCUGGACAUGAAAUAUUAGGUCAUAUAGUAUAAAAAGGAGAGCAAGUAACAUAAUUUUAAAUUGGUGACUUGGUUGGAGCAGGAUUUAUAAGAGAUAGUUGUGGAAAAUGCAAAUAAUGUAUUUUAGGAAAUGAUUAAUUAUGUGGAUAAGUAGGUAAUGAACAUUUAAUUCCAUUACCAAAAUUUGGUGGAUUUGCUACACAUGUUUAAUUGCCAGCAAAAUGGGCAUUUCCAAUUCCAAAUACAAUUCCAUAACAUUUAGCACCACCUCUAUUAUGUGCAGGUAUUACAGUAUAUGCACCACUUAAAAGACAUUUUGGAGCUAAUAAAACAGUUGGUAUCUUAGGAAUUGGUGGUUUAGGACAUUUAGCAAUUAAAUUUUCAGCUGCUUUAGGAAUGAAAACUACAGCUAUAUCUACAUCAUAUGAUAAAGAAGAAGAAGCAAGAUCAUAUGGUGCAACUGAUUUUAUUUGUACUAAGAAUUAAGAAUAAAUGGUUAAAGCUAAUGGAAAAUUUGAUAUGAUUUUAAGUUGUGCUAAUGCUAAUACUGUUGAUGAAUUUAUUGCUUAUACUAAUCUUGUUAAAAGUGGAGGAGAUUUUGUUAUGGUUGGUAUUCCUGCACUAACUAAAGUUGAACUUUAAUUGCCAUUUUUUGCUUUGGUUGUCAGAUAAAUUUCAUUUGUUGGAUCUCUUGUUGGUUCAAGAUAAGUAUAAAAUUAAUAUUAAAUCUAUAGGAAAACUAUGAAAUGAUUGAGUUUGCGAAUAAACAUAAAAUCUAUCCCACAUGCGAAUAAUUUGAGUUUGAAAAUUUCAAAGGAGCUUAUGAUAAAUUAUUAAAUGGAAGACCUAAAUAUAGAUGUGUUGUCAAAGUUGGAAAUGCUCCAGAAACACUCAAAUAAUGAGAGUAUUAUAUAAAGAACCAAU